AUGCUGCUCAACACACUACCAGAUAAUGUCUCGUCCCAAAUUUUGGAGCCGUUCGAGAAGAACUCUCAGCAGCACCUUCUUACAAAUGACUUGGAGAUCAGAACACGCAACAUGAUGAAGUGCUUUGCGAAUACCCCUGGUGCUCUCCCUCCGCCAAGCACCACUGUCCGUAGCGUUUGGAAUCUUACGCCUAAUGACAAAGUCGACACGAUGCCUAUGCCGUUGCAGGGAAAUGUUAUCUUCCUCCGCGCGCCACCAACUACAAUGGAGGCUACUUUCGCUGUCAUCAAUGAUCCUUCAUCUAUCAUAUAUGAGACUUGCACUCCUACUUCUCACACAUGCAACGUGGAUGAUGUUUCCUCGAACGACAUUGCUGAAGGUUAUCCGCCCAAGGCGGAUGAAAAGUUAUCACUGGAAACCAACGGUCCUGAGGAAAACGCAUUGCCUCCGAACGACCAGCGCCCCUCGGACGCCGAGAACAGUUGUGUAACGCAACCCGGCGAAUCCCCGCUCUUCGCGGGAGGGUUUGGAAAAAUCGUCGAUGCCAAAAUGGAAGAACUCCGAGUUCAUGGCUUUGCUUUCGUUGUCAAAAGUCUGCUGACCGCAGGAGCGCAGAGCGUCCAGUCAGCGCCGCUUGUUUCGAUGGUAGUGCAAACGAUGUUAGACAGGCUGGCGAAGGAAUCGCCGAAACAGAUGAAACGUUUCGAGAGAGCCUUGCGCGUGGGCGCUAUGGAUGUGUUUCACAUACACUGGAAACCAGACGGCGACUGGAAGGACAUAUGCUCUACAUCUGGUCGACACUCUGCCCUCACGCUGAUAGGAGUGAACAAGGCUGGCCUUCUGGGAUCGCUCUUUUCUGCUAAUGUCGUGACAGCCGAAGACAUCGCCCAUUGCUUGUCCAUACUAUUGGAGGACAUACACUUUGACCGUCUGAUCGCCAUACACGCCCUCCUCUUAUACGCAGACGACAGAUUAUGCAAACAACGAUAUCUGCCAGCAUUGAUUCGGCUCAAAGAAGAGUUGCGCGUUGUCGAUCCACUAACUGACUUGUAUCUGUGGGGUCCUGUGCCACAUUCCCAGGCCCUCAUGCAGGAUAUUUUCGAUACUAUUGAAGGCUGGAUGACUAUUCAGGCACACAAGCGCGAACAAUGUCGUGUUUUUGCAGAAUCACAAUCAACUCAGAAGCCUCCUUCGAAGGUUGUAGGGCCACGAAUGCGUGCAGAUACAAUGAGAAACAAAGCCUAA